AAGGCUAAAAUAAUAAAUUAUUUUAAUUUUUAUUAUUGAUUUAUGGAAAAUUAUUUUUCAGGCAGAAUUGCAAGGAGGGAAGAAUAAUCAUAUUGUUCUGUUGAAACGUGCUUUAAUGCUGUUUUAUAAAGAUGGAGUAGUCAAAAGCCAAGAAAUUAUAAAUAAUUUAGUUAUGCAGUCAUCUGUAGAUUUUUCUGAAUCCACUUCUGUUUUAGAUACAGCUGUGAUUACAAUGAGUGAAGAAUUUAUUGAUGAUUAUCCAGCUUCUGAUCCACGUUGGGCAGAAUCUAUUCCUGAUGGUAAUAAAAUUAUUUUAAUUUACACAGAUAAUAAUAAUAAUUAUAUGCUUUUAACUUAAACAGAUUA